AAUGUUUAAAUUUGCAAAAUAUCUUGCGGACUAUGGUUCUGUAGUUAACAUAGCGAAAAAUACAAUCCGCUCAGUUAGUAAAUCAGCUUCAGAUACAAGUUCAUUAGCAGCAGUCUCCAAUGAUACCGAUGAACCUAUUGAUAUACCGAAUCCAUAUCAAAAGGAGCGUUCUAUCUGCAUAUUGUGCAAACAUAAUAUAGUUCCGGAUUAUAAAAAUGUUCGACUUUUAUCUCAGUUUCAAUCACCAUACACCGGUCGCAUUUACGGACGUCAUAUAACGGGGUUAUGUAAAACAAAGCAAGCCGAAGUCGAAACAGCAAUAACACGUGCGCAAGCUUGUGCUUUAAUGCCUACUUAUCAUAAAGACAUUGAUUUCAUCAAAGAUCCUAAAUUAUUUAACCCGGAGAAACCCAUACGCCCACAUAAAUACUAAAUUAUUUUAAUUUAAAAAAUAUAUUGUAU